AUGGCCGGGAGCAGAUAUGUAUCACGCCUGAGUGGCGGUAUUCGAAGCGGUGAUCCACCACCGCUCUACAGCUUAGAUAAAGCUUCGAAAAGCGUUGCGAAUGAGAAGAUCAAGGUACGGGGUUGGUCAGUGACUGGUUGGAAUUGGGCGUUCGACGGGAGUUUUAGACGCCAGCCUCGUACGCGUUUCUCUGAGAUCGAAGUCGGUGAAGAAACCAAUAAUGACACAGUCCUUCGGGAAAACACUAUGGCCAAACAGAAACAGCGGAUAGACACUGACCAAGUGAAGGGUCAGGAUAUUGUAGACAUGAGCAUUUUUCCUCUCGCAUAUGCUGAACCAAAUCUUGUUAACAGACUUCAGAGGAGAGGCGAGACAUUCUGGAAAUGCCGUAACCGACGCCUAGUUUCAUACAUGGAAAAAGUUGUGGAUAACACACAAAAUAUGGUUGAAGAGCGGUACAUGAUUGACUUCAAAACCUUCUGUAGCCUGCAUCGGAAUAACAACUUUCCAGAGUCAUCGUUGGACGAACUUGGAGAUGAUGCUAUGGCUAAGGAUGAGCCGCCAGACGAGAAAUUUAGUUACCUACUCCCACCCACAAUCAAGGGCUACAACCUACGACUCAAAAAAUGGUUCGAUCUGGAAGUUGACCGAAUCUCUGAAGUUAAAUGGAAUGUGGAAGCAUUCGAAACCCUGGUCCUCGAACGAAAAGCCAGAAAUCUCAUCCUCGCCCUUGUCAGCAACCAAAUAGCGGCCGAGAAAUCAACCGAUCUCAUUGCCGGUAAGGGCAACGGCCUGAUUCUAUUGCUGCAUGGUGGACCAGGCAGUGGCAAGACCCUGACCGCCGAGAGUGUCGCUGAAAUAGCCCAGAAGCCGCUAUAUCGUGUAUCAUGUGGGGACGUGGGUACGAAAGCGGAAGAUGUUGAAAACUUGGAGGAUCUGGAGAGGAAUGCCCUCGUUUCUGUGUUCCUACGGGUCCUAGAAUACUACGAAGGAAUUCUGGUGCUCACCAGUAACCGUGUAGGAACGUUCGACGAAGCAUUCAGGUCAAGAAUCCAGCUUGCGCUGCAUUACCCCAACCUGGGCCAAUACCAACGAUUACGCGUUUGGGAGAACUUCAUCAAGCGGCUCGAAUCUUUCGGUGACGACAGAGUGGAAACGCAAGACCUUCGCGAUCAUCUCGAGGAUUUGAGCAAGGAGAAGAUGAAUGGCCGACAGAUACGAAAUGCAAUCACUACCGCGAGGCAAUAUGCCGAUUGGCAAUCUGAACAAUCGAAAGACGGCGUGGUAAAGAAAAUGACCUACGGGCACCUGAAGGAUGUGAUUGAGGUUGCUAGCCGCUUCGACAAGUACCUUGACCAACUACAUGGUGGGCUUUCUGCUGACCAGCUUGCGGAGGAUGAAGGACUGAGACUCCCCUCGACUAAUAAUAUAAACAAAGAUUAG